CUGUUCGCGUUCGAAACCAGUCGACUUACGACUGCGCAGCCAGUUGGUCGGCGGUCGUCGGACCUCGCGAUUCAUCACCGAUACGUCGAUACCGGUCCGCGGCUUCCACUCGCGAGCGCAGUCGUUCGAUUCCGCGCGACGGACCUUCGACCGCGUCGUUUCGGAUCGAACGGUCACCGAGGAUCAUUAAACCCUCGUCACACCUGCAACUCGUUCAGCUUGAAAUAAAGAAACAAGAAAAUCGGUUGGAAGAACUGCUAUCUUAACUGCUGUUUUUGAUCAUUAUUGACUCCAAGUUUGUCAAUAGUUUACAUAUUACACUCCGGUUUACGUUCAUAGUUGCAAAGUUUAUACAUUCAUGUUGUUUAUUUAUUAUUUUAUCAGUUCCAUUUGACGAACGUUCGUCAAUCGCUGAUCCCCGUCGAUUCAAAGAUUCGGCGCAGUGAAGAGUUCGAAGUGAUCGUUCGUUCCCAAGACGAUACGCGUUGCAUCCUCGCGGCGGCGUUCCUAUGACGUGCGAUGACGUUCCAGUGACCGUGGAGUUUAAAUUCGGCCUCCUCUCGGGCAGGUCGUCCGGCGACAGGAAGGAGACUCUUGCUUCCGCGGAUGGUAAACAAGUGCCCGAUGACUCAGGUGUUCCACGGAGAAUGCGUGUGGCCUCGAGACCCGGUGUCCCGAUGGCGAUAGGACAGGAAGACCCGCGGAAGAAGGGGGGACGGAAGCGAGAAUUUACGAGACUCUCGGAAAGCGACUGAGCCGUGACCGGCGGAUUCCUGCGUCGGACACCUGUGCCCCACAUACGGCCCGCGAAGGUGAACCAUCGAUCACGCGGCCCCAUCGGUCUUCCCGAGGAUACCGGGAAAUUAUUCGCGCGGAGUUCGAGCGCGGCCAACGGAGCAAGCGGAUCGAAUGAAGUGGAAUGAAGCUAGAUGAAGGCCGCAAGUCGAAUCUCGCCGAUAUGAAAUCAUGGAUCCUCGGCAAGGGCAGCUUGAUCGUUCUAUCGACGUUCCUGUGUUCGAUGUACCUGCUCGCGUACAACUUCAACGUGAAGAUCUAUGACGUGUUCACCCUGAAACGGUUCACCGCCGUGACCCUCACGAACUCGACCAAGAGGAUACUCUACUGGAACACGAUGUUCGGUGACGAAAGCUUUUACCUGGGCUACAGUUUCGAUAACUGCCCGGUGAGCAACUGUUACGCAAUCCACGACAGAUUCGCUGUGGCCGACCUCACCGAGUUCGACGCAGUACUGUUCCACGCAAAUGAGCUGGAUCUAUCGGACCUGCCGAAGAAAAGGAGUCCACGGCAGUGGUACGUUUUCGUGAACCUGGAGAGUCCGGCCAAUCGGCCACUGAUUCACUACUUUUACGAGGAUUACUUUAACCUGACGAUGACGUACAGAUUGGACAGCGACAUCGUGUGGACGUACGCUACUAUCGAGGACGCUCACACUGGAGAUCUAGUUGCGCCUUUGAGGAACAACACUUGGACACAGUUCUAUGACAGAGCAGGUGACAGAGCGAACGACACGCGGCCGAACGAAGCGAUCGCCGGCAAGACGAAGCCGAUCGUGUGGUUCGUGAGCAAUUGCAACGCGAAAAGCGGCCGGGACAAGUACGUCCUCGAGCUGUCGAGGCACGUGACCGUGGACAUUUACGGGAAAUGCGGGAACCACCAUUGCCCGCGCAGCAAGGACUGUUUCCGCGAGGUCGCCGAGCCGGACUACUUUUUCUACCUGUCGUUCGAGAACUCUCUCUGCGAGGAUUACGUAACGGAGAAGUUGUACAACGCGCUCAGGUACAACAUAGUGCCGAUCGUUUACGGCGGCGCGAAUUACAGUGUUUUCGCUCCGCCCGGCUCCUACAUCAACGCGCUGGACUACGACUCGCCGAGAGAGCUCGCCGGCUACCUGAAGACCCUGAUGAAGAAUCCCCGGGAGUACGCGAAAUACUUCAGAUGGAAGAAGUAUUACAGGAUAAACAAAAGUAGCCGCAGCGCGGCCUGCAAUCUCUGCGAGUUCCUGCACAAACGGUCCGCCGCGGAGCCGCGCUGGUACUCGCCGCUCACGGAUUGGUACAGCCGGGGCAAGUGUCCUCUGCAGAGCCACCUGAACGACGAGAACUACGCGACCGGCGCCAUCUCGAAAGAGCGAAGACUGAACACGUGAGCUUCGACUAAAUGGUAGAAAGUAAAUCGAACGCUUCGUAUCACUCGAUGUUUCAUGACGAAUGCAAAUAGUAUUGGGUUUAAUUAUUAACGAUCCGAUGUCAUAGCUCUGUCGACUCCUCUCGGGUUGUCCUACGUAUUUACUUCGUACACCGCACUUUGCGUCGAGCUGACUAUUAUCGGCGGAUUCUUGAAAAUGUGUUAGAGUGACAACGUUUAUCUUUUGAGACUCGUCGGAAAUUAACCUGUGACCCGCAUUUUGGGGAACUCUGGUUUGCGGUACUGAUUCAUUUAUUUAUUGCCAGAUAUUCGUGUGACAAGAUGCGCCUUUCGUUGCGACCAAUUAGCCCGUUACUUUCAGGUGCCUUCUUUCUAUCGAUUAUACACAUAACGAGCUCGAUCGCUUUGAGCUAAUCAUACUCGAAGGGACGACUUCGGUUCCUUCUCGACAAAGUGAAGAAUGUGCUAUUUUUUAUCAUUUUUGAAAGUUAUAGACUGGAGGGCGAGAAUUGAAGUUCGCGGAGGGUUGGUUAGAAGAUAGUGUUUUCUACGGUUUAUCGUUCGCUUUUGCACGAUACGCGAAUGUACAAAGUCCUGUCCGGUGAUCGGUAGAAGCAGAACUUUCGAGCGAGUCAGCGCGCACGAGUUGCCUUGUCGCUUUCAGAGAAGUAUUAGAGAAUAGUACAAAGGGUCGGGUGCGUUUCCAAAGAUUCGACGGUUUCGUGGGCCGAAAUACCGAAGCGCGAGAGAUAUAUUUAACGGUUGAGUCGGGUUUGUUCGGUUUUGAAACGAAUCUAUUUAUAUGAAGAGACGUCUGUUGGCCAGCGUGGGAACGAAACGCAGGCCAACGCGAUGAGAAAAGUUUACUGGACUGAGAAGUCGAAUAAAAGUUGACUGUGUACACUUGUUC